GUCACGCUGACGGCAUCAGCUCCGCUCCCCACUCAGGCUGGUGACUUGCGGGCUGUUGUUGACUCACAGACUGGUGACUGGUUACGGACUCAUUCCUCCUCCAGAGAAAGACUUUCACUUUAAUCGACUCACUCGCUUCAACCGAUAGAUAGUGACCAUGGUGUGCGGCGGGUUCACCUGCUCUAAGAACGCACUGUGCUCCCUGAAUGUGGUGUACAUGAUGGUCGGGCUGCUGCUCAUAGCAGUGGCGGCCUGGGGCAAGGGCUUCGGCCUGGUGUCCAGCAUCCACAUCAUCGGGGGGGUGAUCGCAGUGGGCGUCUUCCUGCUGCUCAUCGCCAUGGUGGGGCUGGUGGGGGCCGUCCACCACCACCAGGUCAUGCUCUUCUUUUACAUGGUCAUCCUCUUCAUCGUCUUCCUGUUCCAGUUUGGGGUGUCCUGCUCCUGCCUGGCCAUGAACCGCGGCCAGCAGGAGACCCUGCUGAACUCGGCCUGGGGGAUGCUGCACAACAGGACCAAGGUGGAGCUAGAGAACAAGCUCAACUGCUGCGGCCUGCUGGACACCAACGCCACCCAUGCACAGUUUGACCUGGACGUCUCCACCUGCAACGCUCCCUGUAAGCAUACCAACUGCUUACAUUGCGGGGACAUGAUGCUGGACCACGCCAGCGAGGUGCUGAAGAUCCUGGGCGGGGUGGGGCUCUUCUUCAGCUUCACCGAGAUCCUGGGCGUCUGGCUGGCGGUCCGCUACAGGAACCAGAAGGACCCCCGGGCCAACCCCAGUGCCUUCCUAUAGUUGACCCCUCCGCACCCUCCGUCCCCGCACCCCCCCCGUCAGAGCAGUCUGUAGGUCCACUGGUACACGUAGAACCCCCCUGUAGGCAGACCUCAUCUGGGCGUCACACCAACUACCCGCACUGGUAGCCUGUGGCUGCUGGAUGUAAUCAACCCUUCUUCAAUAUUGCCUUUCCCUUUUGGUUUUGUGCCAAAUUCCCUUACAUUGAGUCUGAGGACCCUGGGAUACUCGGUGGGAAACUGACAGGUCUAUCCUGGUGGCGGUGUCCAGACACCGGCUGGAUCUGAGUAGCGGAGAUCCCAUCGCAGCUCUCUGUAGAGUCUAGCCUUGAUUGCAUGUGUCCUUGUACAUACGUGUCCCACGCCCCUUUAUUUGCCACGGUUGCGUUUCCUUAGCCAACGUGAUACUGUGUCUUCUCUUCUACUAACUGGUAUGCACCUUCUUCCCAAUACCUCCUCAGUCUGUAACUCGCCCACAGUUACCUGUGUGUCACGGUCCAAUGUUGACGGUAGGGGCGGGCCUGUACCUGUGUGGGUCGGUCCAAUGUUGACGGUAGGGGCGGGUCUGUACCUGUGUGUCACGGUCCAAUGUUGACGGUAGGGGCGGGCCUGUACCUGUGUGUCACGGUCCAAUGUUGACGGUAGGGGUGGGUCGGUCUAUAAUGACUAGGGGUCGGUCGUGUGUGGGGCGGUCCAAAGAUGACGGUAGGGGU